AAGUUUCUGCUCAAGAUACUAAAUCUGAACCAUCAAAAGAUCCCAGUAGCAAUGAUAGACCUUUUAUUACGCAAAAACCGGAUGGUUUUGUAAUAAGUCCUGACAAUGACAAAGAUGACGAUAGUAAAUCGAAUUUUGGUUUUACAAAAGAACAAACCGAAAAACUUAAAGAAACCGAAGAAAAGUAUGAAUUUCAGACCGAGGUUAGCCGAUUGAUGAAACUUAUUAUUAACUCGUUGUACAAGACACGUGAAAUAUUUCUUCGAGAACUUAUUUCUAACGCUUCUGAUGCAAUUGAUAAAAUAAGAUUUCUCGCUCUUACUGAUCCUAAUGCUUUAAAAUCAAAUUCCCAUCUAAACAUCACAAUAUGGGCUGAUCCUGUUAAUAGAGUAUUAACAAUUACUGAUAGUGGUAUAGGAAUGACUCGUCAACAACUUAAAGAAAAUUUAGGAACAAUUGCAAAAUCUGGUACUUCGGAAUUUUUAAGUGCUGUAGAAGAUAAAAAAGCUGAUAUGAAUUUAAUUGGUCAAUUUGGUGUCGGUUUUUAUUCGGUCUUUUUGGUGGCUGAUAAAGUUAUUGUUACCACAAAACAUAAUGAUGAUGAUCAAUAUAUUUGGGAAUCUCAAGCUAUUAAUGAUUUUACUAUUGCUAAAGAUCCUAGAGGAAAUACUUUGGGUCGUGGUACUCAAAUUAAAUUACAUCUUAAAGAUGAUGCCAUAUCAUUUCUUGAAGAUGCUUCUAUUCGUAAUCUCAUUUUGAAAUAUUCCGAAUUUAUUAACUUCCCUAUUUGGUUAUGGACAAAAAGAACUGAAACUAUUUCUCUUGAAGAUGAACCCCUCGAAAAAAGGGAUUCUGAUGAUGAAAAAUCUGAUUCUGAAGAACCAAAAAUUGAAGAUGCUUCUGAUGAUGAUAAAAAAUCUGAACCUAAAACAAAAACAAUUGAAGUACCUGGUUGGGAACUUAUGAAUACUCAAAAACCUAUUUGGGCUCGUGAUUCAAAAGAUGUUACUGAUAUAGAGUAUGAAAACUUUUAUAUGUCUUUUUCAAAGGAUAAUAGCCCUCCUUUAGCUUGGACUCACUUUAAG